GAGAGGAUAGGAGAAGCGAUCAAAGCACUGGAAAAGAACAAUCCAGAAGUUCGGAUUGAUGACGACAUCAUACAGCUGGACCGGGAGAAAGAGGAUGAAGGGAAUAGAAAAUUAUGCUCGGCUGUCAGUAAGGGCGUGUCAGUCAUCUUCGACUUCUCCUGGUCGGCGUGGUCCGCGGCGGACGAGCUGGCCACAUCAGCAGGGAUCCCUCUCAUCCACACGCAGCUUGGCUCGCAGCAGCUGGUGAUGGCUGCGAACCAGUACCUGGAGUCGAGAAAUGCGACUGAUGCUGCUAUUUUAGUGGAGACGGAGAGAGACGUGGACCGCACGCUAUACGAGCUGCUGGGUCGCUCGACGGUCCGCGUGUGGGUGCAUUCCGAGCUAUCGCGCGACGCCGCCAACUCGCUCAAGACGAUGCGCCCGGAGCCCAGCUUCUAUAUGCUGGUGGGGGAUGAGAACUUCGUCUCGACCACAUAUAAACGGGCAGUAAAAGAGAAGUUGGUGAAACGCGACUACCGCUGGAACUUGGUGCUGACCGACUACAGGAGCGUCGAGCCCAACCAGCUGGUGUUGCCAACCUUCAUCCUGCAAGCUGAUCUGAACGAGUGUUGCAAGCUCAUCGGCAUGAGGGAAGCUUGCAACUGUCCCGAUAAUAUUGAUAAAAAGCAGCACAUCAUCAACAACUUACUCCAACACGUGACUGACAUGUUCUCCAAGCUGGAGUCAGAUUUGACACCAACAGUCGAUUGUAACGAUGUAAAGGGAGACAAUAAGACCAAAGAGGAGGUAGUGAGGGCACUAGAAGACUAUUCCAGUAAUAACGACAGUCUGUUCUACUGGGACGCGCAGAGGUCGGGUCUCUUCGUCCGUUCCCGUUUCCACCUGUCCCUGUACAAGCCGGACGCCGGUCUGCAGCGUGUGGCGUCGUGGUCCGCGGACGAGGACUACAAGCUGCUGCCUGGUGUGGACCUGGAGCCACUGCGGCAGUUCUUCAGGAUUGGCACCACUAUGGCAGUACCAUGGACUAUACCGAAGGUGGAUCCGGAGUCGGGGGAGGUGAUGAUGACAGAGGACGGACAGCCCGUCUACGAGGGAUACUGCAUUGAUCUCAUUGACAAACUCGCCGAGGAAUUAAACAUAGACUACGAGAUCGUGACGCCGAAAGUGGGCACCUUCGGCCGACGACUGCCCAACGGCUCCUGGGACGGCGUCGUCGGAGACUUGAUGACUGGAGAGACUGACAUAGCGGUGGCCGCGCUGACGAUGACCGCGGAGAGGGAGGAGGUGAUAGACUUCGUCGCGCCCUACUUCGAGCAGACUGGGAUACUUAUUGCGAUCCGCAAGCCGAUCCGCAAGACGUCCCUGUUCAAGUUCAUGACGGUGCUGCGGACGGAGGUGUGGCUGAGCAUCGUGGCCGCGCUGGUCCUCACUGGCUUCAUGAUAUGGAUCCUCGAGAAGUACAGCCCGUACUCGGCCAGGAAUAAUCCGGAUGCUUACCCUUAUCCGUGCAGGGAGUUCACCCUCAAGGAGUCGUUCUGGUUCGCGCUGACGUCAUUCACGCCGCAGGGCGGGGGCGAAGCGCCCAAGGCGCUGUCGGGGCGCACGCUGGUCGCCGCCUACUGGCUCUUCGUGGUGCUGAUGCUGGCCACCUUCACAGCCAACCUGGCCGCCUUCCUCACCGUUGAGAGGAUGCAGACGCCGGUGUCGUCGCUGGAGCAGCUGGCGCGUCAGUCGCGGAUCAAUUACACGGUGGUGGAGGGCUCCACCGUCCACCAGUACUUCAUCAACAUGAAGUUCGCCGAGGAUACGCUCUACAGGGUGUGGAAGGAGAUAACACUGAACGCGACGUCGGACCAGACGCAGUACCGAGUGUGGGACUACCCCGUGCGCGAGCAGUACGGACACAUACUGCUCGCCAUCAACGCCUCCGGUCCGGUGCCCGACGCUAAAACAGGUUUUCAGCAAGUCAACGAGCACACUGAAGCUGAUUUCGCUUUCAUACACGACUCCGCUGAAAUCAAAUACGAGAUAACCCACAAUUGCAACCUGACGGAGGUCGGGGAGGUGUUCGCUGAGCAGCCGUACGCGCUCGCCGUGCAGCAGGGCUCGCGCUUGCAGGAGGACCUGUCUAAGGCCCUGCUCAACCUGCAGAAGGAGCGCGUGCUGGAGCAGCUCACUGCCAAAUACUGGAACGAGACCGCAAGACAAUCAUGCCCGGACGCAGAUGAAUCAGAAGGAAUUACUCUUGAAAGUUUAGGUGGUGUCUUCAUAGCGACACUAUUCGGUCUUGGAUUAGCGAUGAUAACUCUAGCCUGGGAAGUGUUCUACUACAAACGAAAAGAGAAAACCAAAGUGCAAGUUAUGGAGACGAAAGUAGACAAAACUAUCGCAUUCCCGGAGAAAAAAGUUAAAGAAGCCAGUGUUGGCAAAUUACGAAAGAGAAAGAAGAAGUUGGACGUCACGAAGACAGUGACAAUCGGUGACAGUUUCAAACCCGCCGAUCAGGGAAUUUCGUACAUUAGUGUUUAUCCAAAAGGGGAUUACUUACCUUAAGUAAAUUAUGUGUUAUUAUUUAUUCAUUUAAUA